AUGUCAUAUAUUUAUUCAACUCUCCUUCCGUCGACAACUGCAGGAGGACGCGCGCUUAAGGGAUCUGGUUCAGGCUUACGGACAAAAGUGGCAAAAGAUCUCGACCAUAAUCAAAAUGCGCGAAGCGAAGCAAUGCAGGGAGAGAAUCGUGGUGUUAAUCAGACUAAUAUCAGCGUUUUUCUGUUACUUUCAUUGCUCGCUUGUAAUCGAAAAGAUGGUCAAACCACCUACGACCCGACAGUAAUUGACAAGUCCCCUCUAAAAGAAUACGAGAAGCAAAAAAUUCGCAUCUUACAACGUAAAUUUGGCUGUAAAUGGACCGAAAUUGCGGCUCAAAUUCCUGGAAGAACUGGUCUUAUGGUAAAAAACUAUUGGUACAACGAGGAAAAGAGAGCCAAGCACCAAAUGAGAAACAAGAUGGCUAUCAGCAGAUUGCUUCUUUCGCCUAAUGAGAUAGAAGAGCAG